AUGGACGUCCACAAAGCCCCUCUACUCCUUUGUCUUUUCUUUUAUGCAGGUGUCUUUAAAGCCCAGACCCAGAGCACAGUGUUAAAUGCAUAUGUUAAAACUGAUGGCGCUUGGAUUAUUUCGGUGCAAAGAAGGCAGUACCAUGCAACUUCUGCAGAAGAGUGUGCUCUGAAGUGCAACACAGAAACACAGUUCACAUGCAGGUCCUUUCUGUUCAUUGAAAAAGAUCAGGACUGCAAAACAUUACCAACCAACUCGAAGAUAGAGUCGCUGCUUCGAAGAACAAGUUCAGCUCUGUAUGAGAAGAGUGAUUAUUUACUUGAAUGCGUGACUGGCAUCGGUACCACCUACAGAGGGACAAAGAGCAGGACGAAAUCAGGAACGCUGUGUCAGCGCUGGGAGAGUACGUUCCCUCACAAGCCAAACUACACGCCGAAUACGUAUCCCAAAGCUGACCUGGAGUCCAAUUACUGUCGAAACCCAGAUGAAGACAGCGGGGGCCCCUGGUGCUACACCCUGGACAAGAAUAAGAGAUGGGAGCACUGUGACAUCCACAGCUGCAGUGAGGAAUGCAUCUACUGUAAUGGAGAAGAUUACAGAGGGAAGAUCUCCACUACCAGUGGAGGAUUCACCUGUCAACGCUGGGACUCCCAGAAACCUCACAACCACGGAUACAUUCCCACAGCUUUUCCUGACAAGUACUUGGAGGAAAACUACUGCAGAAAUCCAGAUGGAGAUCCCAGUCCUUGGUGUUUCACCACAAAUCCAUCCAAACGCUGGGAUUACUGCUCCAUCCCUCGCUGCACAGCUGAGCCUCCAACCAUCAUACCAGAAUUGAACUGUGUGACAGGAGACGGGAACUUGUACAGAGGCAACAUAUCUGUGACCAGUUCAGGGAAAACUUGCCAAGAGUGGUCAUCUCAGGUUCCUCAGAAGCAUUCAAAAACAUCAGAAAACUACCCGUGCAAAGGUCUGGAAAACAACUACUGCAGAAACCCUAACAAAGAGAGGAGUCCGUGGUGUUACACCACUGACCCAGAAACCCGCUGGGAGUACUGCAGUAUACCGAGAUGUGGGGAUGAGCCACGCCCAGAAGAACCAGUUAUUGCUCCAGAGGAGGACUGUUACAUAGGAGAUGGCAGCUCAUACCGUGGAGUCACGUCACAGACCAUCAGUGGGAAGAAGUGCCAGUUCUGGAGCUCUCUGACACCUCAUAAACAUUCAAAGACACCACAGGCUUUCCCUAAUGCAGACUUGAGAAGAAACCUGUGCAGGAACCCUGAUGGUGACAGGGCUCCAUGGUGCUACACCACUGACCCCUUUGUGCGCUGGGAGUUUUGUAACAUAGAGCGCUGUGAUAGCGUUCGCCCCACUCAGCCCAAUCAGAGUGGAACUAUCCCCUUGGUCCCCAUACCACAGGCCCCUACUCCUGCACAAAACACAGAUUGCAAACUUGGCAACGGAGUAGAUUAUCGAGGUUCAGUAUCAAGGACCACAUUGGGAGUGACCUGCCAAGAGUGGAGUGCCACAACCCCCCACAGGACCACAUUUAAACCUUCCCUUCACCCUGAGAAGGGUCUGGAGUCGAAUAAUUGCAGAAAUCCUGAUAAUGACCCAAAUGGACCUUGGUGUUACACUACGGAUCCCAGCAAGAAGUGGGACUACUGUGAGGUUCCAGAAUGUGAUACACCAAAAUGUGGACAGCCAACAGUAAAACCAAGACGGUGCUUUGGCCGGAUCGUUGGAGGAUGCGUCUCUAAACCUAACUCCUGGCCUUGGCAGAUCAGUCUCAGAACCAGAAAUGGCAGGCACUUCUGUGGAGGAACUUUAAUCGAUGCUCAGUGGGUUCUUACAGCAGCUCACUGCCUUGAACCAUCAAACAGACCAUCUUUCUACAAAGUAUACUUGGGAAUCCAUACAGAAACCGCACUUGAGCCGUCCAAACAGGUCCGAGACCUGGAGAAGAUUAUAAAGGGGCCAGCAGGAACAGAUAUUGCGCUACUCAAGCUGGAAAGCCCAGCUAUUAUAAAUGAAAAAGUGUCUACAGUGUGUUUGCCUGAGAAAGACUACAUCGUGCCCAGUGAGACAGAAUGCUACGUUACAGGCUGGGGAGAGACCCAAGGAACGGGUGGAGAUGGCACUCUGAAGGAGACCGGGUUCCCAGUCAUUGAAAAUAAAGUGUGCAACCGUCCGGCCUACCUGAACAACCGAGUGAAGGACCACGAGAUGUGUGCAGGAAACAUUGAGGGAGGAACCGACAGCUGUCAGGGUGACAGUGGAGGUCCUCUUGUAUGCUUUGCACAGAACACCUUCAUUCUUCAGGGAGUCACAUCGUGGGGUCUCGGCUGUGCCAAUGCCAUGAAGCCUGGUGUGUAUGUUCGCGUCUCCAAGUUCAUUGACUGGAUCGAAAGAGAGACGGAGUUAAAUUUUUAA